AUGCCUGUAUCAAUGGAUGACCUUAAAACUAUUCUUCAAAUGCAGCAAGCACAAAAUGAUGCGAAUCAAACGAAGCUUUUUGUCACGUAUACUGGGAAGGUGAAUCGAGAGUGCGAACGCUUCAAAAUAAACGAAAUCACUGCGGACCAAUUUAAAUGCUUGAUUAUCAUAUGUGGUCUAAAGAAUGCAGAAGAUGCAGAUGUCCGUACCAGAAUGUUGGCACGCGUCGAAGAAGAACCGAAUAUGACAUUACAAAUGGUUACAACUGAAUGUCAGCGGUUAAUUAAUCUCAAGCAUGACACUGCGAUGGUGCAACAGAAGGUUAAACCUUCCGAUUCUGAUUCAAUUAAUGCACUCCGAUCCUCAAAAUCAUCAAAACAAAACUGUAAAAUCAUGAAACAACCUUCUGCAAAACCCUCAUUACCAUGCUGGUUCUGCGGAGCAUGGCAUUUUGCAAAAUUCUGUCCGUUUAAGAAUCAUAAAUGCCGCAGAUGUCAUCGCAUUGGCAACAAAGAAGGUCAUUGUUCGUUAAAUAAACGCAAGACUAAACGUCGUAGUGAAAAUUCAAAGCAAAGAUCAAACAUUCAAAUUAAAACCACGUUUGCAACCUUUAAAGUUGGAUUUAAAAGUAGGCGGAAAUUUGUAAAUUUAUUAGUAAAUGAAAAACUUAUACGACUUCAGUUGGACACUGCUUCUGAUGUCACGUUGAUUUCAAAGAACACAUGGCACAAGUUAGGAUGCCCACGCAUCCGACCGACGGAACAUGUCGCCCGAAAUGCUUCAGAAAACAUAGUAAAGUUAACAGGAGAGGUUCUAUCCAAUGUUCAACUCAUGGGAAGUAAAUUUACAGAUGUUUGUUAUCUAACAAAUCGACACGAUUUAGAUCUAUUGGGAUUUGAUUGGAUUGCUCAUGUUGGUACUUUGAAUAAAUUAUUAGAUGAGGUAUGUUCCCAUAAUGUCUCCUAUGAGUCUAUCCAAAUGAUAUCCAAUGAUAUUUCUAAAUCAAAUGCCUCCGACGAAUCAUCCUCUCUGGAUAUUAACGAAUUAAAUGCUUCUGAUGAAACAUGUUCUUAUGAUCUUUCUGAAUCAAACAAUUCAUAUGUUAUGUGUUCUCACCAUGUCAAAUCUAAUACCGCCGAUUUAUUACCUUCUCAUAAAAUUUCCAAAUUGAAGACUUCAGACAAAGUAUGCGCUGGUGAAACUUCGGAGUCUCAUGUACUUCUUUCUAAUGUUAUGUCUUCAUCAAAGUCUUCUGUCUCCUCUCAACUGUCGUCCGUAUCUUACAUAAAUCAUCUUCGACAAAAACAUGCAUGUGUAUUUCAAAACAAACUGGACUGUUGUAAAUUCACCAAAGUAUCCUUAUCACUAAAGGAAAAUGCAAAACCCAUUUUCAGACCGAAACGACCAGGGCCUUAUGCUGCUCUGUCAGUCGUUGACCAAGAAUUGGACAGGUUAGAAGCGCUAGUUGUCAUUGAGCCAGUAAAUUAUUCAUCGUGGGCUGCCCCCAUAGUGGUCGUGAGAAAAGCAAAUGGAACUGUUCGCAUAUGUGCUGAUUUUUCCACUGGUCUGAAUAAUGCUCCAGAAGAUCACACGUAUCCACUUCUCAUACAGGAAGAUUUAUUCAUCAAACUAAAUGGAGGAAAGUAUUUUGCUAAAAUUGACCUGGCUGACGCAUAUCUCCAGAUAGAAGUUGAUCCAGCCUCCCAACCAUUACUGACGAUUAACACCCACAGAGGUCUUUACCAAUAUAAGCGUUUACCUUUUGGUGUGAAACCAGCACCAGCUAUCUUUCAACAAAUAAUGGACACUAUGUUGGCUAAUUUGCCAGGAGUCUCUGUCUAUUUGGAUGAUGUAAUUACAGGUUCCAGUAAGUCCGAGUUAUUCAAUCGACUCGAUACUGUUUUAACCAAAAUAUCUGAGUGUGGAUUCUAUUUAAAAGAAGAAAAGUGUACAUUCUUCAUGAACUCGGUGAAAUAUCUUGGUUUUGUUUUCGACAAAAGUGGACGACGCCCGGAUCCGGAAAAUGUACGAGCUAUCCAAAAUAUGCCUCCCCCAUCUAAUGUAGCAACUUUGCGUUCCUUCCUUGGUCUUAUCAGUUAUUACAGUAAUUUCUUGCCACAAUUGCAUCGCCUCCGGGCACCCAUGAACCAAUUAUUAUCCAGUAAUGUAAAAUGGAAUUGGUUCACUAAGUGUCAGAAAUGUUUUGAUGAAGUAAAGUCAUUAUUAACGUCGGAUCUACUUCUUACAUAUUUUGAUCCCUCGCUGGAAAUUGUUGUUGCUGCAGAUGCUUCUGACUAUGUAUAA